AUGCACCCCUUCUCGGUCCUCACUCUUGCAAUCUUCGUAGCUGGCUACACUACUGCUCGAUGGGAUCUCGUCACACGUCUCUACGAGCUUGCCAUAUUCGCCUGGGAUAAAGGCGUCAUUGUCCGCGCGGCUCAGGGCUUUGCGUCCUUGUCGAUCUUGUUCCUUGGCAUCUUCCUUCCCGUCCGGCAUAUAGCACAGAAAGCGGCCGAUCUGGGGCUCCUUCUGAGUGGAGAGCUCCCACGCCUAGAGCUUGACAUGCUAGAGCGUGAUGGCUUGAUGCGCGUGUUCUGGCCGGCCGACAUCACGACGUCCGAACAGCCAGGCGUGAUAGUAGGAUGGAGGAACUCUGGUCUCGAUGUUGUCGUGGUCGCCGUCCUGGAUCAUGUCGAUACCAGAAGCGUCGAUAAUGCGCUAAAAACCGGCAUUCUGCUGCGAAGUGCACCGCAUGCUGUCUCGCGGAUAUUCGAAUCGUGCGGCCAGCCCUCGCUUCACGUACUCGGCGUGACGAACACGGAUCCGAACAGCCCCGAACUUGAUCCCUCUUGGGUGUGCGCACUUAUCGAUCCGGCCGGCAGGGCCCCACGCAUGACAUGUCUCAAAGCGACGAGUGUCCAGGCAAUCCUAUUCCGCAGACCGAGGCCUCGAAACAUGCAAUAUAUCUCGCUUGGGCCAAUCGCCUUGGCUCUGGGAGACAAAGGGUCAUCUUCACGUGGUGACCUUGCCGAUGGCUCAGAUGCAGAGGAGGACGCCCGUGAACGAAAGCAAAACGCCAAAAGCCGGCUCCUGGUCAAUAAGUUGAAGCAGCAUACAGUCGUGCAGAGAGCACCAACACAGAGGGACAAGGCUCUGGCAAAGAUCGUCAACCAGAUCAACUGGGCGUGGGAGAUCGAGUGUCUCCUACAAAAGAACGUCUCACUCAUUGGUACCCGCCCUAAACGGGCGCUCAGCGUCUCAGAGAGGGUGGUCGAGCAUGCAACCACGAUAGGCGAAUUCGCGCUUGUAUGGCUUUGGGAUAAGAUCAUCGCCUAUGUGUUCCCAUUCGUCCGCCGAAUGUUCAUGGUUGCUUUGCUCGGCCACAGGCUUGUAGCCGAGUUCCUGCUGCUAAUCCUCGAGUGGCGUCUUCGACCCAGCUCCCCAGCCCUGAAAGACAUUUCGGCCACGGCCCAGCAGGUUGAGAUCCGAUUACAGCAAUUCUGUUACUGGCCCAUGCAAUAUGUCAAAUUGCGCCUACGCAAGAACGACUGGGACAGUGUGACAACAAGCCAUCCGGAUUAUAUCCGGUUCUAUAACAGCCUCUGGCUAGUGGCCAACGAUGUCAUCAUCGGCAUUGCUCUGGGAUCCUACAUAAUCGAGAACGCGCAUUGGGUAGCACACCAGAUUAGCCUACUGCUCAGUGCAUACACGAUCACUGCGCUUCAGAGUAGUAUUUCGUGGCUCAUGGGCUGGCCUGCUGGCUUGAAGCUGAAUAGCGAGCUCGCACUCUUUCUCGGAGAUUUGUUCCUCUGGGUCAUUGACUACUGGGCGGGUUGCAUCGUCACACUUCAGCCUUUGCUUCCUCACAUUGUCUGGUUUAUCGGCUUUUCCAGCUUCGCCGGCGCCAGCAUGCCCAUAGCGUUGUUGUCCGACCUCCUUUCUGUGCUCACGGUGCACAUUUACUCCUUCUACCUUGCUUCAGCGCGCAUUUUCCAUUGGCAGCUUACGAUCCUGCUGUCUCUGUUCCAGCUCUUUCGUGGCAAGAAGUACAACGUCCUACGCAAUCGUGUUGACUCAUGUGCGUAUGAUCUCGAUCAGCUUCUUGUAGGAACAAUUCUCUUCACGCUAUUGUUCUUUCUCCUCCCAACGGUCGUGGUGUUCUACCUCAACUUUGCUCUGGCCCGCAUGGUCAUUAUUUCGCUCAAGGCAAUUUUUGACACAAUGCUGUCAUGCCUGAACCACUUUCCCCUCUUCGCUUUGAUGCUCAGAGUCAAGGACCCCCAGCGUUUGCCAGGCGGCGUGCGCUUUGAGCUUUGCGAGAACCGGCCCAAGCUUCGCGUCAGCACCGGACCCUUGGAGGCGACUACAUACCAGCUUCCAACGUCGGUAAUCAACCUGAGGCCUAUACCGCUCUCCUUCACAGCGAUGUUCCACCAAUACUUCCAAAUGGGAAGCCGCAUACGCAAGCACUAUUUGUCACCUCAUGUUCUGUUCUGUUUGGUGACGGGCCGUUUUGUGCCUCCAAUACACCGCAAAAACCUGUACUCACUUCAGUACAGCAUGUUGCCGGCGCGCAGGGCUGGUAUUGUGGACAUGUGGGAGGCUCUCAAUGCAUUGCCAGCAAAGAAACGGCCAGUGCUCUUCUACCCUUAUGGAUACAAGACUGUGCCGAACCUUCCAACACCACGGCGAAAUGGCAAUGGGCGCGCCCGGUCAGGUCUGUAG